UCCAUCUGUUCAGAAACCUCAGCGAGAGGGAGAGAGAUCCUUUGCCAGGUUUAGCUGUGUCUCUCUCUCGUUAUAUUCCUCGAGGUUCUUGAGAGCUUCCGUUUCACUGCUCUCUCUCUACGUUUUUUCGACCACCCAUCAUCUCUUUGGGCUCUCUUUAUUCCGAAACUUGCCGAUAUUCGUUCUUCUUGAUCUCUCCUUUUUUGGGUUUUGCUUAGUUUGAUGCGAGCACAGAGAGAGAAUCAAUAACCGAAAAUGGACCAGAGCAUCCUAUGCCCCAUCAAGUACACCGAGCACCGAAGCCUCACCAGGAAACUCCUCUCCAAGCACCCCAAGAACGACGUCCCCAAUCCACCCCGGACCGUACGGAUAUCGGUGACCGACCCGUACGCCACGGACUCGUCCAGCGACGACGAGGACGAGGGGGACGCCGAGUCGUUCCUCCGCUGCCAGCGCGUGAAGCGCUACGUCAGCGAGAUCAAAUUCGAAGCUGCCUCCAGGAACGGCGUGGGCUCGAGCGGUGGCGGCCGCAGGAAGAGCUGCUCCGGCGGCGAACCGGCCCCGGCUGAUCUGAGGACGCGGCCCUCGCUGAAGGUCUCGUCGGCGGCAGCGGGCGGGAAGAAGUUCCGCGGCGUGCGGCAGCGGCCGUGGGGGAAGUGGGCUGCGGAGAUUCGUGACCCCACGCGCCGCGUGCGGCUGUGGCUGGGCACCUACGACACGGCGGAGGAGGCCGCCAUGGUCUACGACAACGCCGCGCUCAAGCUCCGUGGCCCCGGCGCCUUGACCAACUUCUCCACACCGUCGCUGAGCAAGGACCCCUCGCCGGAGAACGAGAUCCUGGCGGCCUCCUCCGUCUCCAGCUACGACUCCGGAGAGGAGUCUCACAACCUCUCGUCCCCGACUUCCGUCCUCCACUUCCGGACUCGCUCCAACAACAGCGCUGAGGCUGAGUUCAGUCAGGACCCGGCCGGACCGCCGGCUCAGGAUCCGGCCGAUGAAGCCCUCGACUAUCUGGAGUGUGAGGGCGAGACGAGCUUGGCCGAUUCGAGCGAGUACUUGCGGCUGGACUUGCCGUUCCUCGACGACUUCUACAACAACUUCGACUCUCCGAUGGAGUCGUCGCUGUUCGAGGACACGCACACCGCGGCUCUCCCGGAGAACAGCAUGCUGAGCCUGAGCGAGGACCUGAGCGACGUGUUCCUCGACACGACGUCGUCGGACGACUUCGGGUCGCUGCCGAUGGACAUAUGCCAGGUCGACGACUACUUCGGAGAGAUCGGCGACUGGUUCUCGUCGGACCCUCUCGCCGUACUUUGAGUGUGCGAGAGUGUGAAAGAGAGAGAGAGAGAGAUUGAACAGUGUUUGUUCUGGAGUGAGCAUAGCCGCCGUUGACUUGCCGGAUUCUGGCAGAUUUUGCACCGGCGGCGAGGAAAUCCCCGGCGAGUUCGUUUUAGUAUUUAGCAGCAGUAAAUCAGUGUUUAAUUAUUUAUUUGUUUUUGAAAACCUCCGUCAAAGUUAACGGAGGAGAGAGAGAGAGAGACAUCUGAGCUGGUUUUUUUUUUUUUCUUGGUAUUUGCCGAGAUUUUGAUUGUGUACUAUUUUCCCCGAGAAUAAUAAUAAAAAAAUCAUAAGUGUAUGUUGGCCUUGUUAAGUGUGCCCAA